AUGGCUGCAGUACUGGCUACAAACAGAUGCUAUUGCCACGAUGUGGAGUUGAUAAAUCAAGGAAAAGCAACAGACAGUCUUAGUUUCUCAAGCUCAAUUUCAGUUCGUGAAUCCUUUAAGUCCGGGAUUCCAACUCAUGCUGAUAAAUUUUUAAGGUUUCAAGUGCAAAUGCGAAAGGCUGAAUCAUCCUCAAGAUCGGGUGUCAAUGGACGGGCUGUGAGAAUGGUACCAGCUAGUGAGGUAGUCAAAAGAACAACCCCAUCCACAAAUAAGAUUGAGAUAGUGAAUGGCACAAAGCAGGCUGUUAAUGGAGCAAGUCUAGUUAGGAGAAAUCCUACUCCAGCCCUGGUUAAGACACAGAAAUCUAGACCAACUAAAGAACUUCCCCCAAUGGAGGAGCUAAAAGUUUUGCCCUCAGAUGAUGGAUUCAGUUGGGCCAAUGAAAAUUACAAUUCUUGGCAAAGGUCUGCAGAUGUAUGGUCAUUUGUUCUCUCAUUACGAGUGCGUGUUCUGUUGGAUAAUGCAAAAUGGGCAUAUAUAGGAGGCUUCACCGAAGAUAAGCAGAAAAACAGAAGGCGAAAGACUGCCUCAUGGCUCCGGGAGCGUGUACUGCAGCUUGGGCCAACAUUUAUCAAACUUGGACAAUUAUCUUCAACAAGAUCAGAUCUUUUUCCCCGUGAGUUUGUGGACGAGCUUGCCAAGUUACAGGAUAGAGUGCCAGCCUUCUCACCAGCAAAAGCAAUAGGCUUUAUUGAGACUGAACUGGGAGCUCCCAUCAAUGUAUUGUUUAAGGAGUUUGAGGACCGGCCAAUUGCUGCUGCUAGUCUUGGUCAGGUUCAUCGGGCUAUCCUGCAUAAUGGAGAGAAAGUUGUUGUGAAAGUUCAAAGACCCGGUCUCAAGAAGCUUUUUGACAUUGAUUUACGAAAUCUGAAGCUAAUUGCAGAGUAUUUCCAGAAAAGUGAAACCCUUGGUGGUCCAACAAGAGACUGGAUCGGUAUAUAUGAAGAAUGUGCGACGAUUUUGUAUCAAGAAAUUGAUUAUAUAAAUGAAGGGAAGAAUGCUGACAGGUUUCGCAGAGACUUUCGCAAUACAAAGUGGGUUCGAGUACCUAUGGUCUUUUGGGAUUAUACUGCCAUGAAGGUGUUGACCUUGGAGUAUGUACCAGGCAUCAAGAUCAAUCGGCUUGAUAUGCUAGAUUCACAGGGUUUUAAUCGCGCUCGAAUUUCCUCACGCGCUAUUGAAGCAUACUUGAUCCAGAUACUCAGAACUGGUUUCUUCCAUGCUGAUCCUCAUCCAGGAAAUCUUGCCAUUGAUGUAGAUGAAACUCUAAUUUAUUAUGACUUUGGCAUGAUGGGAGAUAUUAAAUCUUUCACCCGGGAGAGACUGCUUGAACUUUUCUAUUCUGUAUAUGAGAAAGAUGCAAAAAAGGUUAUUCAAUGCCUCAUAGAUCUUGGAGCACUUCAGCCCACUGGAGAUUUGUCGUCGGUAAGGAGAUCCGUCCAAUACUUUUUGGACAACUUGUUGAGCCAGAGACCAGAUCAGGCACAGACUUUUUCUGCAAUUGGAGAGGAUUUAUUUGCAAUAGCACUAGAUCAACCAUUUCGGUUUCCAUCCACAUUUACUUUUGUCCUAAGGGCAUUCUCAACCCUGGAAGGUAUAGGCUAUGCUCUUGAUCCAGAUUUCUCCUUUGCGAAGAUUGCUGCACCUUAUGCCCAGGAACUUUUAGAUUUAAGACAGAAGCAGCGUACUGGGACACAGCUUGUGAACGAAAUAAGGAAACAAGCCGAUGAUGCCAGAAGCUACACCAUGUCCAUGCCAUACAGAGUUCAGCGAAUAGAGGAGUUUGUGAAAGAACUUGAGUCGGGGGAUCUGAAACUCCGAGUCCGGGUGCUUGAGUCAGAAAGAGCUGCUCGAAAAGCGACAAUACUGCAAAUGGCGACGAUGUAUACAGUCUUAGGAGGUACCCUGCUUAACCUUGGGGUCACUUUGAGCAGUCAAGGAAGUCAAGCUAUCGCAAACGGAUCGUUCAUCGGUGCAGGAGUCUUUCUCACACUGCUGGCUAGAUCUAUGCAAAGGGUGAAGAAACUUGAGAAAUUUGAGAAGAUGAUCUAA